AUGGCUGAAUCUGGUAAAACAACAUUAGUCAGCUUGACGAAAGGAUUUAUAUCAAUGCUAGCUUGCUCAAGCACUGGCGAAAUAGAUUUGGUUGAAGCCGAAGCAGCUCUCGGAACUUCUAAAAGAAGAUUAUACGACGUUGCAAACGUUCUUGCUGGCGUUGGGCUUGUCGAAAGGUGUGGAAAGUCCAAGGUCAGAUGGGUUGGCGAUCUUAGUACUGUUGAUAGCGGCACAAAUCAAGCCUCAUUAAUCGAAAAAGAAGCAGAGAUAGAUAAAAUGAUAGAACAUGUAGACAAAUGCCUCAAUGAUCUAUCUUCUUCAGAAUUAUUCCAAAAUUACGCUUGGGUUUCUGAUAAAGAUGUUUUAGCACUUGCCCCUGAUGAUGAAGUUACUCUAUUUGCUUUACGAGGUCCGCCAUCGCUAACAAUCUCUGUACUAGAAGGCGAAGGCGAUGAUCCUUAUCAAUUAGUUUGCAGAGCACCUGAUGGAGAAGUUGAUUUACUUUCGAUUGGAAAGACAGGAGCAAGUACAGUAGCAUUACCUAAGUGA